AUUUUUUUGAGUGUAAUUACUUAGUUUUAAGGAAAGUUCGUUAAUUAACAAGUAUAUAGAAAAUUUUGUCAACUGUCUAGUUUUUGUUCAAUAAAAUACUUUGUAUUAGGUUUAUAGUGGAGUGGAAAAUGUUUAUUCCUGUUCGAUAAACAUACACACACACAUCAAAAAUACUUCCAGAUUAUUUUGAUAUUCGUAUAUAAAGGUUCGAAAUGGCAAGAGCUCCAAAGUAUGGAAGAUACAAAGACAUAAAGUAUGAAGAAUCUGCAAAGAAGCAGGGUUUAUCAGUAUGUACCAAACACUCGCAGCCUUGCACGAACCGCAGUUGUUCUGAUGAAAUCAUUUUAAGAGACCUUGAAGAAAAGAUAAGGUCAGGUAUAUUCGUGAUUAUACACUGUCCACUCUAUCACCAAGAUAAUUGCAAAGAAUUAGUUGAAAUUCCUCAAAUCAAGGACCACAUCGAGAAGAAACAUUCCACUAACAUUUUUUACAGUAACAAACUCAAUAGAGAAAUCGGAAUUCAUGAAUCCACUGUGGAUCUCUUGAAGGCCGAUACUGAGGAUUUCCUAGUUUACAUACACGAGGAUCACAUUUAUGUUGGUUGUCUAGGGCCUGUUGGAAAUUACAACAAGUAUAACGUACAGAUAUCUUGUAAUCUCUUCAGAAACAUAUCAAUCUCUUACAGUGACCAAGAUAUAGUUGAGUUUGACGAGCGACUCCACUGCUACAACUGCAAAAGGGGAAUGUGCACCUUGAAGCAUCACUCUGUUUACACGAAGAAUUACCGAGGUUGUCUUCCCAUUGAUAGAAACAUAUUACUUGAAUUCUUCCAAAACGCUCCAAAGAUUUUGAUAAGUGUAACACUAGUUCACGACUUAUCUCGAAGCAAAUCAGAAAAGCAACAGAAACUGGUUCGUAACAGUUCAGUUAUUUGUCGCUCUUUGCGGUGCACUGUUUGUUCAGAAUACACGCUGGGUAAGGUUUACGGUUGUGGAUCAGGUCAUCUUAUUUGUCAACAGUGCAGGAAGAAGAUCAAACACUGCCAGAAAUGCAAAGUCCAGUUAGGGGAUGCGAGGUGUCUGCUGGCAGAAACUUUGUCCAAUGACAUUCAGCUUGCUUGUCAAACUGCAGGAUGUGAUUUCUUUGGAAAACUGGAAGAAUUGUCUUUUCAUGAAAAACACUGCCAUCCUUAUCCUCAUCUUCCUGAAAAAUUCAAGGAUGAAAAAUUUGUGGGAAAAUGAGCCUACAUUUUCAUUAGCAAACUUCUAGAUAUUUUUGAUAAAAUCAUUUUUCUAUGAACAACACUACUGGCGAGAAAAGGACCACCUACAUAGAGCCUUAUAUGGAAAUAGUCUACUCUUGUGACUAUAUUUUUGCUGAAAAAAGUCUUCGUAUCGGAAUAUUUCAUUCAAACCACAUAAUUUAAUCUUUUUUGAUAUUACUAUUGCCACCAGUGCUAUAUUAUCAAGUAUCACAAAAGUAAACUACCCCUCCAAGUGGGUAGAGUCAACUUUUCUCAUUGGUGACAAUGAAGAUUAAUUAAAAUAUUGCAAUGGAAGAAUAAAACACCUAGCGAUAAUGGUUAUCGAAUUUUCUCAUUGUGGCAAUAAUAACAUAUCAAGAGGGAUGGAAUCAUAAAAUGUGAUUCAAAUAUUCUGAUCUGAGAGUAUCAGGCGUCAGGAAAUUAUGAAACAAAAAAUCACAGUGAUAAAGCCCCCCAUAUAUAAGGGUAGACUGCAUUUUUAUGUAUGGUAUCAGUUAAAUUCAUAAAGUUUUCAAAUAUAAAAGUGUUAUUCAUAUUAUAAUAUGGUCACAAAAUAUACUCCUUCGAAAACACCAA